AUGGAGUCCUGGAUGCUUCUUUUCCUCCUUUUAAUCCUGCCCAGCAAGCCACAAGGGACAGGGCCCAAGAUCAUCAUGCGUCUGCAGUUGAAGAACUCUUCUGUGAACCUCUCAAAGUCCCCCCAUUCCCAGGAGUUUCUGGAGAAGGCUUGUCACCUCCUGAACCUCCCAUUAGGGACCAAUAUCACCCUCCGAAAACCAUGGUCAUGUCAUCAUAUCAUCUGCUAAAGCAGGGGCAGCAGUGCCCUCCAGGGAUAGUACCGGUACAUCCAG